GUAAAACAACGUCAUCAAGCAAAUGAAAAACCGCCGUUGCUUCCCUUCAAAGAAGAAGACUAGACUAACAGAGUAGCCCAUACCAUUCCCAUCUCAGCUACAAUCCUAUGCUAUAACUUUCAUAGCUCCACUUUUGCUUCUCUCUCUCUCACACACACACGCAGUACAUAGACUCAGUUAAUUUGGUGCAGAUUCGGAGGAGAAAAAGAGAAAAGGAAAAGAAGGUUUCAUCUUCACUUGGAUUUGGUCAGCAGUUUUCGUUGAAUCCAUAUCGGGUUUUGUAUUUCAAUCGGAAAAAUGGUGUCCUUUGAGAUGAACGAUGUUAAAAAGAUUGGCCUGGGAUUGACGGGAUUUGGGGUUUUCUUCUCAUUCCUGGGGGUCAUUUUCUUCUUUGACAAGGGGCUAAUUGCAAUGGGAAAUAUCCUUUUCUUUUCUGGGGUUACAUUGACCAUUGGGUUGAAGUCAUCUAUGCAAUUCUUCACGAAGCGUGCCAAUUAUAAGGGAACAAUAUCAUUUGGUGCUGGAUUUUUCUUGGUUAUCAUAGGCUGGCCAAUAUUAGGAAUCAUCUUGGAGGCUUAUGGGUUCGUUGUGCUCUUCAGUGGGUUUUGGCCGACACUGGCAGUUUUUCUUCAAAAGAUACCCAUUCUUGGUUGGGUGUUUCAGCAGCCAUAUAUUAGAUCGUUCUUUGACCGCUAUCGUGGCAAGAGAGUUCCUGUUUAGUGAUCAUGCUGGCAUGACAGAAUCAUGAUAGCUGUUGGCCUGUGUUUAGGGUGUUGUAAAAUACUGAAGGAUCAGCACUUCCCUCGUCGAGGAUAAGAUAGCACUACCAGUUCUCUCUGCAAAUAUAUGGGGAUCUAGUAGACCACAUUGUUUUAUUCUUGGCUCUUUAGGUAAAAAUGUGAUAUUUUUUACUUUUUCUCUCUUUUUAGGGCGUGGGAGGAAGCAUGAUAUGUUCUGAUAUUUUGAGGGGGCUUGCUAUAUCUUUAAUUGAUUUCCUCGAAGGUGUUUUUAGGUUGUGAACAAGCUGUGAAUUUUCAAUGUCUUACAUCUUUUGAGGUAGAGCUGUACAAGCUAAAUAGUCAAACCACCGUCUCUUUCCAUGUGAAGUAGGUUUUUUUUUUUUUCUUUCCAUUUUUUGGUUAUAAAAUGUAUGAUGUUUCCUCA